ACCAAACACAUCAAACAUCUGCCAUACUUCUUACAGACCUGGUCCAAUUUGGAAUUUAAUGGUCCUGGUGGAAUUUAAUUCACCAUGAAGUCCGUCAUCAUCGCGCUGGUCCUGUUCGUAGCUGUUGCCACUCAAACUUUGGCACUUCCCGCUGAUUGCGUCCAACAUAGUUCCAACGUGGAUCGUCAUACCGUUCGGUUGUACGAUUGUGAUGGGCUUAACUACGAGCUCGGUUCAAACUGUCUCUCGAAGUACUUCCAUCCAACGGAGAUGUUGAACUAUCCACACCGGAGCUGCAACUGUGGCAACUGUUUCUCCUGCAGAAACUCACGCUACCCUUACCAUUACGGAUAUCCGCCGUACUACUACGGACGGCGUCGGGCAUUUUGAACUAGUUGUUUGAGGAACAAAAUCGGUCGUGGUGGAUGAAUCACAGGCCAAACAGAAAUAAAACCGAGAAGCCUUUACUGAGAACUAAAAUUUCAUUUUGUUUUUCUAUUAAGCUUGUAGAGAUUCCGAUUACAGUCUAAACCGUUCUUAACUCAUUCCCUUUUGCUAUAGAAUUUUACUAUGGAAGACUCUAUACGUUUUUCUUCAACAAUAAGGCAUAAAAAGCCAUUAUUACUCUCUGCGUUUCUUAUUCCAUUGUCUUCAGCAACUAGUAUAGGCAUACAACUAUUGUAAUGUAAUGUUAGACUCAACAACAAAGACAUCUGGAAAUAAUCAGUCAUUGAACACUA